ACAUGGCGAACCUUGCAUUGUGAAGCUGUGGGUUUAUAAACAAAUACUUUUCACGUUUUGGGAAAAAAAAAGGCCAGGGUCUUCAUUUCUGUCAGCAUGAAGGUGGUCAAUUUGAAGCAAGCGAUUCUGCAGGCGUGGAAAGAGCGAUGGAGCGACUAUCAAUGGGCCAUCAACAUCAAGAGAAACUUCCCCAAGGGAGCGACCUGGGACUAUCUUAACCUUGCAGAGGCUCUGAUGGAGCAGGCGAUGAUUGGUCCCUCUCCCAACCCGCUGAUUUUGUCUUACCUCAAAUAUGCCAUAAGUUCACAGAUGGUCUCCUACUCUACUGUGCUCACAGCCAUCAGCAAGUUUAAUGAUUUUUCGCGGGAGCUGUGUGUCAAGUCAUUGUUGGAGAUAAUGGACAUGUUUUGCUGUCGUCUCAGCUGUCAUGGAAAAGCUGAAGAAUGCAUCGGGCUGUGUCGAGCCUUGCUGGGAGUAGUUGUAUGGCUGCUGCAGGGGUGUGCAUGGUACUGUGAGAAACUGAGAGAGCUGGGUCCAGUACCCAGUAUUGAGGCCAGUCUCAGAGCUUGCCAGGAAAGGCUGCACACCCUGAUGAACAGCACCAAGAACAGAGCUCUGGUCCACAUCGCCCGACUGGAGGAUCAAGGUAUUGACAUAGGAGAGUUACAGAAUGGUUCUUGGAGCAACGUAGAACAGUCAGUGCUCAAAGUGACAGAUGGCCUUGGAAAUGUACCCAAUCCAACUCUAAUUAAUAAUUUGGAGGAAACCUUGACUCUAGUAAAAACUAUUCCCAGCAUGCUAUCUGGGCAGUGUGACAUUCCAGCACAUGCCUCCUUCCCAUCAGUCCAUGCCUUCGUCAUGCUGGAAGGGACCAUGAAUUUGACAGGGGAGACACAACCGCUGGUUGAACAGCUGAUGAUGAUUAAGAGGAUGCAGCAAAUUCCUGGUCCCCUUUUUGUCCUGGAGAUCUGGAAGGCUUGUUUCACUGGCCUCAUUGAGUCACCAGAGGGCACAGAGGAGCUGAAGUGGACCGCCUUCACUUUCCUCAAAAUCCCACAAGUUCUGCUCCGACUAAAGAAAUAUCCCCAGGGGGACAAAGGACAGGAUUUCAUGGAGGAUGUGAAUAUUGCAUUUCAGUACUUACUUAAACUCACACCACUGCUGGACAAAGCAGAUCAGAGAUGCAAUUGCGACUGCCUCGGCAUGCUCUUACAGGAGUGCAACAAGCUUGGGCUCUUGUCAGAUACAAAUACGAGCAACCUCACAUCAAAACGCACCGAGGACAGGGAGUUUGCCCCAAGGCUGAAGACUGCAGAAAAUGCUAACAUCCAACCCAACCCAGGCCUGAUCCUGAGAGCUGAGCCCACGGUCACCAAUAUUCUCAAGACAGUAGAUGCAGAUCAUUCCAAGUCUCCUGAAGGCCUCCUUGGGGUUCUUGGUCACAUGCUGUCAGGAAAGAGCCUGGAUUUACUUCUGGCUGCUGCAGCUGCAACUGGGAAACUCAAAUCCUUUGCCAGGAAGUUCAUUAAGCUUAAUGAGUUUCCCAAGCACAUAAGUGGUGAAGGAUCCAAAUCUGCGUCUGUCCGGGCCCUGCUCUUUGACAUUUCCUUCCUCAUGCUCUGCCACGUCGUGCAGACUUAUGGUUCUGAGGUGAUCUUGUCAGACCCUAGUCCUUCAGGGGAGACGCCCUUUUUUGAAACAUGGCUGCAGACAUGUAUGCCUGAAGAGGGCAAAACUCUGAACCCAGACCACCCUUGCUUCAGACCCGAGCCUGGAAAGGUGGAGAGUCUAGUGACCCUCCUGAACAACUCAUCAGAGAUGAAACUAGUUCAGGUGAAAUGGCACGAAAUCUGCUUCAGCAUUCCUGCAGCCAUAUUAGAAGUUCUUAAUGCAUGGGAAAAUGGCGUGCUUUCUGUGGAAGCAGUGCAGAAGAUCACUGACAACAUUAAGGGGAAAGUGUGCAGCAUGGCAAUCUGUGCAGUGGCGUGGUUAGUGGCCCAUGUCAGGAUGCUGGGAAGGGAUGAAAGAGAGAAACCCCAGACUAUGAUCCGGCAGCUUGUAACCCCUCUGUACGCGGAAAACACCCUGCAGUUCUACAAUGAACGCGUCAUCAUUAUGAGUUCUAUCAUGGAGCACAUGUGUGCCGACGUCUUCCAGCAAACCGGUGCAACUCUACGUCCCCCAGUGGAGGGUCAGGAGCCGAUCCCGUAUCGAAACCUGCUGCCUCCCAAAGAACCCAUCCACAAGGCCCUCAGCAGCCAGUUUCAGGUGGUGCUACGUAAAGGCUGGGUCGAUAGCCGAGCUCUGCAUCUGUUCGAGAGUCUUCUCAACAUGGGAGGAGUCUUCUGGUUCACUAACAAUUUAGUCAAAGAGCUGCUGAAGGAAACACGACAGGAGUGGGCCAAUCGGGCCGUCGAGUUACUUUACAGCAUCUUCUGUUUGGACACUCAGCAGAUCACCCUCACGCUACUGGGUACCAUCCUGCCCAAUCUGCUCACUGACUCCGCCCACUGGCGCAGCCUGGCAGACCCUCCUGGAAAAGCGUUGGCAAAGUUGGCUGUGUGGUGUGCACUCAGCUCUUACUCCUCUCACCACAAAGGCCCAUUCUCCGCUCGUCAGCGAAAAAGACAAAGAGAGGAUAUUGAGGACUACAACAGCCUGUUUCCCUUGGAUGAUACCCAGCCAUCUAAACUCAUGCGGCUGCUGAGCUCUAAUGAGGAUGAGCCGGUGGCCCUCUCCAGUCCAGGAGAUCGAUCCAUGAGCAGUUCUCUGUCGGCCUCCCAACUCCACACCGUCAACAUGAGGGACCCCCUGAACCGCGUCCUGGCAAACCUUUUCCUCCUCAUUUCAUCCAUCUUGAGCUCCAAAAUGGCAGGCCCUCACACCCAGUUUGUGCAGAGCUUCAUGGAAGAGUGUGUGGAGUGCCUGGAGCAGGGAAGCCGUGGGAGCAUCCUGCAGUUCAUGCCUUUCACAAUGGUUGCUGAGCUGGUGAAGCUGCCCGCUCUGGCCAAACCUAAAGUUGUCCUAGCCAUCACUGACCUGACUCUGCCGCUGGGGAGGAGAGUUGCUGCCAAAGCCAUCUCUGCUCUGUAGACUCUGGUUUCCAGUGUACCUCAGUACAGAGCUGACAGCUUUGACAAUUUCACUCUCUGCUGGUUACUGAAGUACGGCAGAGGUAUUAAAACACGAUUGACAUCGAGGUGUGAACAUGCAGCAAUUAUACAUUACAGAGGUCUGGAAAUGUGAGGUCAUUAUUACACGUAAUAAUAUAGUCUACACAUUCUGCAAACUAUUGUUGCUGAUGUUAGGCCAAUAUGAUGACUAUUAAACAUUUCAGCGGUAUAUUAUGCUGAAACCCCAUAUUUCACUCACCAGCAGAGUGAAUCUGUGAAAUCUGCCAGUGCAUUAAAUGGUUAAAAUAUAUAUAUAUAUAUAUAUAUAUAUACAUAUAUAUAUAUGACACCAAUGUCUCUGUAAACAUCAGCUUUGUAUGUUGUUUUUUAAAUUCUUUUUCACCCUUGAAGAAUUGUGUAAAUAAUAUUUGAACAAUAAUUAAAG